GCAGUCAUCGAGGUCUGCUACUCCUGUUCACAACUACUGCUCUCCAAAUAAGGAAAAUAUGAAAACUCGGAUUUUGCUAUGGAUAUUUUUCGCUCCCUGCAUUUGGGGCAUGGGGUCGAAAUACCGGGCAGAGAUGAAAAGCGCCUUGUUGAACAGCGACUUCAUGCCACCCGGACUGCUCAUUCAGCAAUCGGCAGCGCCUAGUCCUUUGGCUGUUUUAGCCCCAGCUGCCAACUCGUCGACCGUGUCAGGUGCACUCAACACAAUGCGAUUCCACAGGAAAAUGAUGAACGAGUAUUUGUGCCGCGGUUACAUGGCUCAAGACAUCUUAGACCAGCUUCAAAAAGACGCGGAAGAAGGGUUCGAUAACGAGUUGAACGAUCAGCCAACGGAUAGGUUGCAGCGGAGAGGGGGCCAAAGGAAAAGCAGCCGGCUGAACCCUCUCCUGAAGGACGAGGGAUCGUCGAGUUACAAAGAUUGGCUAUCAAGGAGUGCUGUUUUGGAGGAUAUUUACCGGAGGUAUGAGCACUUGGGCGAAGAAGACGAGGAAGAGCCCGACCUCAGGGAGAGAAACAUGUCGGACAGGGAUGAAGACUAUGACGCGGAGGUGACGGGUUGGGCAAUAGAUCAACCUCUUCAAACGAGGAACGCUCCUCAUGGGGCCAAGCAGGACCAAUACUCGAGACAAAACUACCCGGACGAAGACCCACGUGACUUUGGCGGCGAAGAAAACUGGGACAACAGCAAUUCUCACCAGGUGUCCGAUUGGGAAUCGUCUGGCCACGGGCAUGCGGGCGCUGCGGCUGCGGCUGCUGGCAGUGGACUCCAGCUUGGGAUCGGGGACAUGUACGACGUGGCCCUCACCGCGAUAGCAAUCCUCGCCUUUGGAAUUUUCAUCUUGAACGUCUUCCUCGGCAUUUUGCUUCCAACUUCAUCAACGAGAACGGUCGUCAUCUCGAAUUUGACCCUGCCGUUCCGAAAUCGAGAAGGUGGAGUGGAAUUGCCACUCACUAAACUGAAAGCGGACGACGAGGAGAAGACGCACGAGAGAAUUGCGAGGUGGGUGUCGGAGGAGCCUGAACCAGAGGAGUCGGAGGAAAGUGCUGCACGACUCGCUUUGAUCACCAUAAAAGCUGCGUUGCGCGGACAACCAAAGUGCCUCCAAUCAGCCUUGUGCACGGGAAACAAAGUGGCGAGAAAACUAGAAGGCAGUGCAAAACUCUGGAUUCCAGUCUGGAGCCUUGGAAUGAGCUGGUUGGGGAGACGAGGCGGAGGAGACAAACAGAAAGCAACGUCCAAGCUUUACGCAGGGGCGCUGGAGAAUUUGAGAGCAGCCACCCUUGGCUUAGCAGGCGUCAAGUGUUCAGAAAUAUUUCCACCGUGCUAAUAAUAUUCGGCGCAAUGUAAAAAGUGUACAUUUGGACAAAAAUAAAUACCCGCGUGAUUGUAU